AUGUCUACUCAACCAUCUCUGUCACCGGCGGAAAGCGACUCUGCAAUUUACGCGACUGCGCGAGAGUCUCUGGUGAGACUGCUUUCAGCAAACGACUUGCAAAGCUCUUGUCUAUCGGUCGAGCCUCAUGACUUGCGGGAUAUACGCGACUUACGAUGUCAUUUCUUUGGCUGCCUCGGUAUCAACAGGCGGCUUCAAGUACUGGCCAAUGCCGCGGAUCCUAUUUGGGCACAGGCCGAGGCGCUGGAAAUCAAAGAUACCGAGCCUGUCCAGAAGAACAACUCGAAAACCCCGCCUAUUGGCUCCAUAGACCCGGAUGAGUACCAGCCAAGUAUGAGAUAUGUUACGGCUCUAAGUUUACAAGCUGAAUUGAAGCGAAUAUCGGUUCUACGCAGAACCCCAGCACUCAGGGGGCUGGUCCGCGAGGUUCAGCGAAGUCUUGUCGCAUGGAGAGAGGAGAACAGAAAGAAUAUCGACGAUGUUGAGAGACUCAGGAUCGAUACGACUCACUUCCGCCUGAUGCUACCCCCCGAGACCCCUAGAAGCCCGCGCCAACCAGGAACUCGACGUGCCGUAGCUAGCCCAUCUCAAGAUCCAGGUCCUCCGAUCACCAGAGAACGGCGUCGCACAACGAAUUUGACCCAAGGCAGCCUCACUGAGCACGACGACUUCUCGCGAAUGCUGAAGAAGAUAGUCGACGAAGAGCGCGAGAAGAACAACGAAGAUAUGCCAGAGGACGACCCCAUGACGUGCUAUGAACUCAAAAGGGACAUCAAAGCUCAAUUAAUUCUACUUGAACGCCCGAAGCCCUCGGACUCGAGAACAAUACCAAUCAUGGGUAAUGUAAUGGAGCCAGAUUGGGAAGAUGUAGGCGACGAAAUCUUCAAAGGUCGAUUUCCAGACCAGCAGGUGUCCAUGUUUCACCUCUUGGAUGGGGCACUGAAGGGGGGCCAAUUUAAUAGAGGCAAGUUCGAAAGAACUCCCAAGAAGACUCUAGAGGAUGAACUCUGCCCUCGGAAGUUGAGAUACUACCACAUUCCAGUCAAUAAUAUGCUGGAAGAGUUGGCUUCUUCAGAUGGAAUGUAUGGCUUGUACUAUGAACAAGCAGUGCUCCAGGCCCCUCUUCACACUCCCCGCGAGCGAUCAUAUUCUGGCGCACGAUCCAAGCAAUUGCGAGCUACUUCAAUGAGCCUCACCCUGAUCCAGGUCAAGAUUUCGACCCCUCAACCAAAAUGGUCUUGCGAGACGACUGCUGGAGAGGUCAAGAACAUGGAAACGAGCCACACUCGAUGGUUCACAACCGCCAUCUGCGUCCCAUAUCCCGACGAUGCUUACCACAAGGGAGAGAGCAGCCUCGUCCUAUUUAUGCCUUUCCUACACUGGGAGACGGACAGGAGACGAGAUCAGGCUGCAAACCUGAUUGAACGGCUUGCAGAUGAGCACGAAUUGGACCUGAGAGAAACGGCCCACAUGUGGAAGGAGAUUCGGAAAGACAAUCGAAAGGGUCUCCUCAAAUUAUCCCCGCCCGUUCCUGUCCCGAAAAGUUCAGAGUACAAGGAGCCAAACUAUUAUAAGACACGAGGCGAGGACAGAGACCAGAUACUGCAAGCCCUUGCAAAGAUAUUGUGGGAGAAAAUACGAAAAGACAGCACUAGGCCAAUGCCCUCAGGUUUGCCACACACAUUGUGGCAGAGGAUUCGGGACGAGGCUUUCGAAGAUGCCUUAAUCAGGGCUUUGAAGAAUGCUUUGUUGGAGAAGGCACGUGCUCAGGAAAUCCCUCAAAUACUGCAGAAGUUCAUCUCGAACCCAGGCGUUGAUGAAAAGGAGCAACCGGUAUAUGACUGGGACAACACUUUCUGGAGGAUCAAGGAGGCUGGGAAAGGCUAUCCCACACCGCACGCUCUGGAGGACAUAUUCUGGGAAGAGAUUAAGAAGGCCAGGAAAAUAGCUGACACCAGAAGAGGAUUGAAAGUUGAAAGUGACGAAGACGCGGGAGAAGUUCAAGGCGAGAACGUGGUCGUCUACCAAUCGCACAGUGCGUUCCCAGGCAAGGAUGGGUCAUCAAGAAAGAUCUUCCAGUCCCCCACGACUAUAUUCAAGGGGGUCAAGGUCGACGAAUAUGGAUUCCCUCGACCAAAGAACAGACUCGCCAAAGUAUUGAUCAAGGCCGCAAGGCUUUACGAACAAAUGAUGACGUACCCUGACCAAAGGAUCAUGGAGAAGGACCUCUUCUCCGAUCCACCGCUUCACCCGCGUCGGACAUUGGACCAGGCAUAUUUUUGGAGGUUACGGACCACACGUAACCGAGAUCGGGACCAAGUCGUCUAUCGGCACACCAAUGCGGAAUUCGCACACAAGUAUCGACCGCAAGAUACAACCCAUACAGGCUCUAGGAAACCGAUGUCAUCCACGAAUAGCAAAAGUCGCCCUGCCAGUGACCAAUCCGACACAACAGAGGCAGAGAACUGGCAGUGGAGUCGACAUGGCCAGUUUGAAGACGAAUACGGGUGCGCACAGUGCGACGCAGACAUCCGCAAAGUAUCAAGAGCAGUCAUGGUCGAUCAGUUGUGGAUGUGGGUAUUAGAUAAAGACACAAUCCUCACAUGCUUUCCUCAGAGGUACGGGAUGUCCUACAAGGACGACUCGGGUGUACACCAGUCAAUCCGAACGAGGGUCAAAACCCGCAGCAACCCAGACAAUCACGUCCGAUCUAUAUUCGAUCUUGCGCUGAUCAUCCUGGACGAGUGCUUCAACACCUUCUUCAACAGAACCCGAACAGCCGACAAGCGGCCGCAAGUCAUUGACAUGUUCUCCGAGAGCAUUGGCCGAGUCGCCGUUGCCUUUAGACACCUGUGGAGCCUCUCGGAGCGCCUCACAGCAUUCUACCAAAUCGGAGUCGAGGAAAAGGUCGACCCAGCCAUUUACCAAUCUGGAGUAGAAGACGAGGUCGACCCAAGAAUCAUGCUUGCCCUGCUCAACGUGACCCCGGAGGCAGAGCUGCAGCGCGAGAUCCGCGACAUAAUUGACGAGCUGAACAUCAUGCUCCAUAUCGUGGGGCAGCAACAGGAGGUGAUUAAGCGGUUCGUCAGGUUCGCUGAGGAGAUCCUUAGGUCAACUAAAUCGAACCCCACGAAGUCUCUGGGGCAGGCUGUGUCCGCUACGCCGGUUGACGUGCUGAGCAUCGUGAACGAUCAGAUCAACUCGUUCGAGACCCGCAAGGUGGACCUACUCUCCGAAGUUGAGAACCGAAUCAAGGAGCUCGAAGGACUAAAGGCCAGCGCGCUGAGCACUGCGGAGAACGUAAAUGACCUCCUAAGCCUGAAGCAGCAGCAAGCUAGUGUUGUGCAAGCCUAUGAGGCUAUGAAGCAAGGGGAGGAGACGGUGAGCCAGGGAAAGGCUAUCAUGGUCUUCACGGUCAUGACCAUCCUCUUCCUGCCAUUGUCGUUCAUGAGCAGCCUCUUCGGCAUGAAUGCUGUGGAGCUUACGGGCUCAGACCCGUCCCCAGACGCAAGCGACUCGUCGCGGCCGGUGCCCGACGAGAUCGUGUCCUUCUGGCCGAUCACCUUCAAGAGGCAGAUCCUGAUCAUGUUCACCGUCUCCUUCGGAGCCGUCCUAGCAGUGAUCAUCCCAGCCUUCAGCCCCUUCGCCCGCGCCGCCAUCGGCUCCGCCCUGCGCUACGCGGCCGCCCGGAGCAUCACCGUAGUGCCACUGUACCGGUUCUGGCUGGGCCGCGGGUGGAGCAGCAGGCGGCUGCGGGCCAGGACGGGCGCCGCCGUGCGGGACCUGAAGCACGCGGUGCGCGAGGCCGUGAAGCGCCAGCGGCUGGAGGAGUCCGAGGUCCGCGACGGCGUGAGGGCGGCCCCGGGGACAGGGGCCGCGGCAGUUGAGGGCGUGCCUGGGGCUAGGUCGCGGCAGAGAUGGGCUCCGUCGCGAGGGAAGGGAGAUGCUGUGUAG